AUGAAUUCAAAUUUAGUCGUAUUUGCUAAAGAAUUAAGUCGAACGAAACCAGGGGAAUUACCUGAAAAAUUUUUGCAACUUGAUAAUCUUUUACAACGAUCAACAUCAGUUACAAGUGUUAAAUAUGAAAUAAUUUCACUUGAUAUAUUACCUAUUUUAUUAUUAACACUUCGACAAGAUUUUACAACAAUAUCAAAUGGAUGGCGUUUAGCUUCAAUUAGUCUGAGUAAAUUGGCUUGUUCAUGUCUGUGUGUCGAAGUAGAUAAAAAUAAUGCUAAAACAAAAGUAUGGUCAAGUAAAUUUUUUGAUCAAUAUCUUCCACAAGGUAUUGAUAGUUUUCUAUUCCUUACUCGACAUAUACAAGAUCGAUAUACACAAGAGAAAAAGUCUCUUAUUCGACAAGAUUAUAAGAGUUAUAUGAAUACAGUUAUGAAUAAUCUUCUUGAAGUGUUAACUUUUCAUUCGAAUCAAUAUUCACUUAUUAAACAAGUUUUGGUUUCGCCCAAAUUUAUGGAAUUAUUUCUUACAGAUGAUGUUUAUAUUUGUCAUUUAAUGAUUAAUAUUUUUGAAGAUAUUAUUCGCAAGAGCAGACGUUUGACAGGUCCAAGUGUAUUUUAUGAGCUAUCAAAUAAAUUAAAGCAAGAUUAUGUCAAUGAACUUGCCUAUAAAUUAACUGUAUUUGAUAAUAAUGAUAUUGGGAAAGCAGCUGUACGUGCUUUAAUUGCUGUAUGUGAAGCUGAUUCUGGAAUUGUUUUUCUAUUAGCCGAUAAAUUCAAGGGUUUGCCGACAAUUUUACAACGAUGGCAUGGUCAAGGCUUUGGAAUGGAUUUACACGAUUUACUUGCCAUUAUAAAUCGUGGCACGAAAGGUGGACCUUAUUCACGUGAAUAUCAAAGGGAAAAUUAUGCUGCAAGUAGAAUUCAAGCAUUAUGGCGAGGUUAUUCAAGUAGAAAGCGAUUGACGAAAGCCAAUCAAGCCAUGAAACAGUUUCAAAAUAGUUUUAGAAAGAGAAAAAUGAAAGAAAUUCAAAUGAAAGAAGAACAACGUCGACGAGCUGAAGUUCAAUAUCAAGCAACACGUGAACAUUAUCGACGUUUACGACAAUUUAAACUUCAACAAGUACAAACUAUUCAGUUGUUACCUGCAUCUGAAGUAGACAAAUAUCUUGAAAUUCAGCGUUUACGUAGUGCAACAAAAAUUCAAGCAGUUUUUCGUGGUUAUUUACAACGACGUGCUCUAGCUAAUGGUGGUCAUGAUCGUCUUAUUGCUGAUCGUGCUGUACGUCGUAUUCAACGUGCAUUUCGUCGUUAUCGUCAAAGAAAACAAGCUGAACUUGAUCGACGUCAAAAACGAUUGGAAUAUAUUAAACCAACAAUUCUAACGGAAGCUAAACGUGAAGAAUUACUAGAACAAAUUGAGAAAUGGAGGAGUGAACGAGCACCAAGACCAAUGUCUGAUGAAGAAUUUCUUGCACUUCAUACACGUGCACAAGAAAGUCUUAACCGUUAUGUAAGUACAAAUCGAGCAUGGCGUACAAUUGAACAACGACAACGUUUAUUACUUCAUAUGAUGAAUAAUGAUUCAGAAUUUCUUCUUUCAAAUUAUCCAAAAUUGAAAUCUGUUAUGGAACUAGGUGAUGAAAAAAGUUCAUCAAUAAAUCAACUUGAUCAAGCAGCAAUAUAUCUGAAUCACCCAUCAUCAGCAAUUCGUUAUCGUGCUCGACAGGCACACACUGAAGCACUUAAAUAUGCAAGAGCACCAUGGUAUAAAGGUUUACAAAUAGCCAAUAUGGAUGAAGAUGAUGAAGAUGAAUAUUUUAAUCAUGGUGGUCUUGAUGAGUUUUCUCGUAAUGAUAUUCUUAAUAAUCCGAUGAGAUAUGAAUAUGAAAAAAGAAAAUUUCAUCAAUUUACUCCUAGUACAACUACAUCGUCAAUGGAAUACCAUCAAUAA